AUCAUCAUCUUCAACGUAAAGUAAGAAAUACAAAAUAAGAAAUGGUGCACAGUAAAAUAUUUUUAAAGAAUCGAGCUUUAGGAUAUGUUAGUAAUCACAUUCCUCUUGUAACAAGGUAUAUUCAAAGGCGAAAAGAAAAUCUUAUAGUAACGUGUGUCGGUAAUACGUUUCACACGUACGGCUGUUCGCAUUUCACGCUCCUUAGUGUAUCAGGAACGCAUCCAGGUGAAAUUACAUGCCUUACAGGAGAUACCUAUCACAUUUAUACAGCAUGUGGAAAGGAAAUAUAUGCUUGGCGGAGAGGGACAGAAAUAAAACACACUUACAGAGGUCAUGAAUUUACAGUGCAUGUUCUUUUACCUUUUGGUCCACAUUUAAUAUCAGUUGAUGAAAACAGCAAUGUUAAAAUAUGGGAUAUUAAAACAGAAGAACUAACAACAGAAUUUAGUUUUAAUAACAAACAUUUCAAAGUUACAACAUUAAUUCAUCCUAAUACAUAUAUGAACAAAGUAUUAUUUGGAAGUGAACAAGGUCAAUUACAAUUGUGGAAUUUAAAAGUUCUAAAAUUAAUUUAUACAUUUAAAGGCUGGAACACACCAAUAACUGCACUUGAACAAGCACCUGCAAUAGAUGUUGCAGCAAUAGGUUUAAGCGAUGGAAGAAUUAUAUUACAUAAUUUAAAGUUUGAUGAAAGCAUUUUUGAAUUAGUACAAGAUUGGGGUUGUGUAAUAUCUAUUACUUUUCGAACAGAUGAGUAUCCAAUUAUGGCCACAGGAAGUCUAAAUGGUCAUAUUGUAUUAUGGAAUUUAGAGCAACGUAAAGUAGAAAGCCAAAUACAUAAAGCUCAUUUUGGAGCUGUAACAGGAUUAAAAUAUUUGCCUAAUGAGCCACUCUUAGUGUCAUCUUCUCCUGACAAUUCUUUAAAAUUGUGGAUAUUUGAUUUAGCUGAUGGAGCUGGGAGACUUUUAAGAGUCAGAGAAGCUCAUUCAGAACCACCUACAAUUAUUCGUUUUUAUGGAAAUGAGGGUGACAAUAUAUUAACAGCUGGAAGUGAUUCUUCCUUGAGAAUAUUUUCUACAGUUACAGAGAUAUUAAAUAAAAGUUUUGGAAAAGCAACAUUCAAUAGAAGAGCUGCAAAGAAAAGAAGAAGAGCUAUUGAAGAUCCUUUAUUAAUGCCACCUAUUACUGGAUUUGCUGCAGAAAUAACAAGAGAGAAAGAAUGGGAUAACAUUGUAGCAACACAUGCUGGUUUAUGUACAGUUACUACUUGGUCUUUUAAUAAAUCAAAAAUGGGAGAAUACAAAUUACUCCCAGAGAAAUUUAAAAACAACCGUAAUAUCGCAGCGAGCUGUGUUUGUUUAACAAAAUGUGGGAAUUUUGUUGUUAUUGGGUAUAAUAUUGGCUGUGUAGAAAGGUUUAAUAUACAAUCAGGAAUUCACAGAGCUAGUUAUGGUACUGAAAAAGGAGCACAUCAAGGUACAGUGAAAGGUGUAAUGGUGGACCCUUUAAAUCAAAUUGUAAUUACUGCUGGAAGAGAUGCAUAUAUAAAAUUUUGGACCUUUAAGCCAAAGAAAGGAGAUACGGAACCACUAGCAAAAAUGGUACUAGAUGAGCCAAUUGAAUGGUUAAGAUAUCACAAUGAAAGCUCCCUUGUAGCUGUAGCAUUGGAAGAUUUUACUAUUGUAUUAAUAGAUCUUGAUACCCGAAAGAUUGUUCGAUGUUUUGAGGGACAUGAAGCACAAUUAACAGAUGCUUGUUUCAAUCCAGAUUCUAGAUGGUUAGUAACAGCAUCUAUGGAUUGUACAAUUCGUACAUGGGAUAUUCUUUCUUCCAAUUUAAUAGAUAUUUUUCAGGUUCCAGAAGCAUGCACGUCAUUACAUUUUUCUCCAACUGGAGAAUUUCUUGCUACAACACAUGUGUGUAAUUUGGGUAUAUAUCUAUGGUCAAAUCGCACACUGUAUUCUCAUGUUUCUUUGAAAGCAGUGAACAAACAUGAUCCAAUUCCAAUGAUUGAUCUUCCUACUUCAGUAAUAGAAAUUAGUGACAUUAAUGAAGAUGAACUUAUUGAACCAGAACCUGAAUAUAUUUCUCCAGAACAGCUUCAAGAUGGUCUUAUCACAAUGUCUGGUUUAGCUCACUCGAGAUGGCAAAAUUUAUUAAAUAUAGAUAUUGUAAGAAAGAAGAACAAACCGAAAGAAGCGCCUAAAGCAUUGGAAAGUGCUCCUUUCUUUUUACCAACAAUUCCAUCCUUAGAAUUGAAAUUUGAUUUUUCGGAUGAGAAAAAUACGGAGGACCCUAAGAAACUUGUUAUCCAUCCUGAUAUACAAAAUUUAAGCCUAUUUGGCAAAUUUUUACUAUCUGUGGAAGAUAAUAAAUUUGAAGAAGUUAUUGAAAAAUUAAAACAUAUGAGUCCAAGUUCUAUCGAUUUCGAAAUUCAAUCACUUUCAGCGGAUGAGAAAACGUCGAGCACUUUAUUACUUCGCUUUAUGAAAAUGAUGUAUUACAUGAUAGAAAAGAAAACGGACUUUGAGUUGUCACAAGCUUACUUGGCUGUAUUUUUAAAAUGGCAUGGAACAACAAUAAUAGAAACUGAAUCGUUAAGAAAUUAUUUAGAAACAUUACAGGAAGCACAGUCAAAAGUUUGGUUUUUAUUAAGAGAUAAAUUGUUUUAUAAUAUUAGUGUUGUACAGGCUUUAAAAAAAAUGUAA